AUGAAGAAAAAAAUCUUCAAAGAUGGAAAAGUAUCCAAGUGCAAAAACCAUAAUAAGGAUGAAAAGUAUGAUGAGAAGGGUUUGAAUAUAAAUAAAAAAAUGAAUUGUACAAAAGAAAAACAUGGGAAGAACAAAAAUGAAAAUACGAAUAAUCCAUUGAAUGAUAAUAAAAAUGAACGUAUUCAUAAAAAAAGGGAAGCUAUACUUGAAGAAGUUAUACCUGCAAAAAUUAUAGAUACAUAUAGAAAUAAUAGAAACCAAAAUACGAACAAAAAUGUAAAAAACGAAAGUGUAAGAAGCUGCAUAUCUUGUUUCUGUUGCGCAUGGGAUGCAGACGAUGAAGCAAUGAAUGAAUUACUUUUAGAAGAAGAAAGAGAAAAAUUAAAAUUGUUGGAGAAAGAAAGGGAAAGAUUGAAAUUGUUAGAAGAAGAAGAAGAAAAAGAAAGGGAAAGAUUGAAAUUACUGGAAGAAGAAAAAGAAAGGGAAAGAUUAAAAUUAUUAGAAGAAGAAAAGAAAAGAUUAAAAUUAUUGGAAGAAGAAAAUAGAGAAGAACAAAAAAUUGAUGAAAUCGAAGAACCAUCAAAAGAUAUUAUAUUUAAAAAGAAAGAAAUCAAACCAAAGUUUCCUUUAAAAAAGAAGGCUAAAUUAAAUUUCAUAGGUGCAGCAGCAGCACCAAAUCCUCCCAACAAAGCAAGUUGUAUUGGACCUCCUCCUCAAGUCAAAGAAACAAAUAUUAAUGUAAAGGAAGGUAUAUAUCUUAUUUAUAAUGCAGAAAAUGAUGGACAAUUAGAGGUGCAUUAUUCAAAGUGUGGAAAAAAAGGAAGUGGUGUAAUGGCAUAUAUAAUGUCAGAUAAUAUCCCUGACUUUUAUUUUGAUAAAAAUAAAGGGAAAGAAAUAAUUUUUAAAGAAGUUUCUAAAAAAAUGCAAAGUGUUUAUAUAAAUGAUCUUAAACCAUAUUAUGAAUGCUAUAUUGAAUUUAUGAAAAUGAAAAAAAAAUACAAUGGGGUUUUAUACUUUCUUCCUGCCUUUAAUGAACAACCCCCACCCAACUUGGACAUUGGUUUUUUCGACACUAAGGAAAAGAAG